ACGAGGCAGGCGCCGGGUGGAAGCAGCCAAACACUGCCAAACAGCCCAAAACAGAAGCCGCAGCUGCUCCUGAAUUUAUCUCCCGCCGUUUCACCUUCACCUUCACCUUCAACCUCCUCCACUGCUCAACUGCUCAACUGCUUCUCAUUCCUCUCAACAAUCUCUAUCUGCUAUCGCAAACUGCGAGCGAAUCUCUCUUUCACAAAGAGCAUUGCUUCUGGUACGGGACCUCGUACACUCUCUCACACACAUAUAUAUAGCUUAAUCGCAUUUCCUCUGGCAAUAAUGUCGGAAACUGAGAAAGCAGCCCAGCCCGUUGCAGCUGCUGCGGAUGCUGCGGAUACCCCCGUCGCCCAGAAGCCCCCCGAGAAUACACAGGACCAACAACAAUCUGCGACUGACAACAGCAACAAGGCUUCUCAGGAUGAAAAGGAUAAACAAACAGAAAAUCCCACUACCGAUGCGCCCUCCGCUGCUGCUACGACUGAUGCUCCAGUAGCCGCUCCAACUAAGGACCCAAUUGCCUCCCCCGCCCAGCAGCCCGAUGUGGAUGCCAUUGAAGUACAGCAAAGCGACCAAAAGAAGAGCGAGCCCGUCUCCGAAGACAAGCCUCCCGAAGUCCCUGUUGACACGCGGCCUGAGUACUUGUCCAAGAACCCGGCCCUCAGCGAGCUUUUCGAAAAGCUCGCAUCCAUUCUCAAAAAGGCUGCCUACAACGAGAUGUGGGGCGUCACCCUCAAGGAUUCCGAUGACAUACCAACCGUCAAUGUUUUGAUCAAGUUCCUCCGUGCAAAUGAGGGUAACGUCAAACUGGCCGAGGAGCAGCUCACUAAAGCUCUGGAAUGGCGCAAGAAAAUGAACCCCUUGGCGCUGGUUGAAAACACCUCCUAUAGCUCAGCCAAGUUUCAGGGGCUUGGCUAUGUUGCGAAUUACAAGGACCAAAAUCAAGGAAAUGUCGUUUUCACCUGGAACAUUUACGGAUCCGUCAAAGAUGUUAACCGCACUUUUGGCGAUAUUGACGAAUUCAUCAAGUGGAGAGUUGCAUUGAUGGAAAUGGCUGUUAAAGAUUUGAAGCUCAGCGAGGCCAAAUCCGUGAUCGAUUACUCUGGCGAGGACCCCUACCAGAUGAUCCAGGUGCAUGAUUAUCAGAACGUCAGCUUCCUCCGAUUGAACCCUUCGAUUAAAAGUGCUACCAAACAUACUAUCGACGUGUUCAGCACAGCGUACCCGGAACUUCUGAAAGAAAAGUUUUUCGUCAAUGUGCCCGCUCUCAUGGGUUGGGUGUUCACUGCGUUGAAGGUGUUCCUGAGCAAGAACACCAUCCGGAAGUUCCACCCAAUCACUAAUGGUGCGAAUCUUGCUCGCGAGUUCGCAUUUGCUGACGAGCUUCCCAAGUCGUACGGCGGCAAGGGUGGUGAGCUGCAAGAGAGCGCUCAAACUGUCACCCUGAAGGAGGACACCCCUGAACCUUCUCCUGCACCAGAAUCCGCACCUGCUGCCCAAGGGAAAGCCACUCUUACUGAAACCAACGGUUCUGCUAAAGAGGCAGCUGAGACCCCUGCGAAUGAUGCCAAGCCCGCCGAAGCUCCAGCUGAAGCUGCUGCCCCAGUUUCCGCAUCUGAGCCUGAGAAAGCUGCGGCUCCGUCAACGGACGAAGCUCCUACUGCAGCGGCCAAGUGAUCCUGGCGAUCCCUCAAACCGUUUUACCCGCUUGCUCUGUUAAACUUUGUUUUGUAAUUUAUUUUAUUUUGUUACUUGGUCACAACAUGUGUGUGAGAGCACUUCUAAUACUUCCCAACUCCCCGUUCGAUCUGGCCUCCGGUUUGUGCUAACCUACACCGCGCAAGGUUAUGCACAGGCAAAUAAUAAUACAUUACCUCUGGGUUUAUGCUGUGUUUGACAAGUUGUUUUGCAAACCGCUGCAGAAUACUGUUUGCCUGUGCCCUGCGUGGAAGGAUUUGCCGGAGAUACUUGUGUCUUUUUCCAAAGCAAAAAGUUGGUGUGGAUCGUUUUUCAAGUAGUUCGAUAGUGUUGGGUCUUUUUCUUGAUACCGAGGUGCUUGCUAUUCUCCACUCUAUGAUUAGGCCAGAGGAGGACAAGAGAUCUCCGCGUGCUGUGUCUCCUUACUUACCGCUUUUUUUUCCCUACCAUCCAUGAUACCAUUCAAACAGUUGUUGUUUUCCCUUUGUAGCCGGCGGAACUCUUAUUUAUCAGAUUUCAUUUUAACUCAAAAACAAAUCCCAGUGUCUAUACUUCUUUGUGAUAGUAUUUAUUUCUUAGUUUAUAUUUGCUGUUGG